CUUCAGAAAGUGCUGCUAACUUCGAUGGACAUAUGUUCGACUUACAUCAACAAUUUUGUUGGUCAGAAAUAUCAAUACUACAACAGCUGGAGCUUUUAACAAAUUUUUCUGUUCAAGUGGGGAGUUCCUCGCGCGGAUGUAUAUUUCAAUAGUGUGUACUUCGGUUCGGCCUUACAAUUUCUAGCCGAGGACGACGACGGGCUGUUUUCGCGUUUCUCCAGAUUUUCACCGGAUUCGACCCAUCCCGUGGGGUAACAUCCUAACGGAUACCUCUAGGGACUCCGACCAUGGACCUUCUCUACGGAAGUGAUGAAAAGUUUGGCGACUUGGACGACUCAGACAUGUCUGAGCUGUUGGAAAGCGACGUUUUUCCGACCAGCGCAAACAUGGUGUGUGAGAGUAACUACAUGGACACGGACUGGCUGAACACGUUCUUCGAUGACCCGAUCCUUAACGACAAGAUGAUCACGGACGCCGCUCAGCCCUGCAUCAAGUCCGAACACAGCUACUCACUCAACGAGCAGACGCCCAGCUCACCACUCGGACUCACCAACAUUGAGGAUAUUGACACUGAUUUCUUCUGCACCACGGCCAGUGAUGUCGCACCCAAAGACUUGGAGAGUCAGACCGCUAUAAAACAGGAAGCUCUCGACUCUGACCCUCUGAUGACCAAUGUGAUGACAACCUCUGUGACUGCCACAACAUCGGCGACGCUGCUCAACAAGCAACAGCCAACCAUGAUCGUAACAUCGACCGGCACGCUGACAUCGCCAUGUGACAACGCGCUGAUUCCACACAUCACAAUAAAACAGGAACCUCCAGACACCUACGAUGACAGCUCGAGUCAAGAAGUGAGUUUUGACUCGAUGGUUCUGCCACCGACCCCGCCUAGUAGUGGAGCGGGCAGUGACAGCGAUGGAAGUCUGAGUCCCCAGCGGUCGGCGCCGUCCAGCCCCAUACGACAACUUUCAUCUCGCCAGAAUCAUCACAGCAUCUCGACCUCCAUCGUAACCACCAAGACCUUCUCUCAGCCACUCUUUGUCAACCCGAUUUCUCAGUCAGGGAUUCUCAUGUUGUCCGAGGAGGAGAAGAGAACACUGAUCUCCGAGGGUUACCCCAUCCCCGGAAAACUACCACUUACCAAACAGGAAGAAAAGAAUCUGAAGAAAAUCCGUCGAAAAAUUAAAAAUAAGAUCUCCGCACAAGAAAGUCGAAGAAAAAAGAAGGAAUAUUUAGAAGCUUUAGAAAAAAGGGUUGAGUCUUACACCCAUGAAAACUCUGACUUGAAGAAAAAAAUUGAUUCACUAGAAAAUAAUAACAGGUCAUUACUGGGACAGUUGCAGAAACUGCAGGCACUUGUCAGUAAGGUGACGUGUCCGUCGGGCACAUCGGCUACACAGACUGGAACCGUUCUCAUGGUUCUCGUUCUGUGUUUCGCUGUUUUCCUUGGUGGCUGGUCUCCAACGUCGCUCAACAUCGGCUACUCGGCCAGCUCCGCCGUCUCCCCCGUGUUCAUGUCGAAACCCGAGUUCGUGCGGCCCGCCCCCGCAUUCGGACCUGCUGUGGGCAAGGCCGAUAUUGAGGAUGACUACUCCACUCCUAAUAUGAAAUCCAGAAUGCUGUUGUCUUUAAAAGACGAUGUCGAGGAAGAAGACGAUGUUCGGCCGUUGUUUCCGUGGCAGGUGAUAUCGUGGUGUGCGUCUAAGAAGGAGGAUUACGUUGCGGCCCAGCCCGUGGUCGAUGUGGAGGGGCCUGUGAUUACCAAGACUAACCAGGCCGCAGUCAGCGAGGCUCCGUCAACUGACAUCCCCGUUGUCUUGACCGCGAGACCACUGGUGCUGGCCAACGAGACGACUCGCGAGUAUGAUGACCACCAGGCUCUGAUGCACCCCGACAUCGCCGUCGCACCUGUUGACAUCCAGUCCCACGCUAACCUCACCGCCGACAUAGAAACGGCCUAGGUGACAGGAGAUGAUUGGGUCAGGGGGGGUGGGUGGGGGUGGGGUGGUUAGAGCUCCAAGUGAACAGAGUCCACAAGGCCCAGCAAGUGUAUAUCAGUCACUUGUAAUACUUGAUAAAUCCAGCAGGUUUCUUCUCUGUUGAAUGCCCAGCAAGUGUAUAUCAGUCACUUGUAAUACUUGAUAAAUCCAGCUGGUUUCUUCUCUGUUGAAUGCCCAGCAAGUGUAUAUCAGUCACUUGUAAUACUUGAUAAAUCCAGCCGGUUUCUUCUCUGUUGAAUCCCACAACUUAUCAUACUGGCUACUCUAUUUGACUUCUUCCAGUUACAAUACUAGAUGGAUCCAACCACUCGUAAUUUCAUUUUAUAUAUUCUGUUCACAGCCUAUAUAAUAUAUGUGCAAUUCAGUCACCACUUUCAGUAUGCUGAAUACAAAAUUUGACUCUAUCAUCCUAAAUAGUAGUUAAAUUUAUCAAAUUAGUCAGAAAUCUUCAUACUGUGUGUCUACGAAAGUUUGAAUCCAACAGUUGAAUUCGGUUGUUCCUAUAUUCACAGUGUAGAAUAAGAACUCAACUAGGUCUGUCUUGCUAUUUGUGUCCAGUUGUACAGUUCCACAGACGGGUCAUAUAAAUUGUUUAACGGAAUAACGGUGCUGAAUCCUCACAUUUUCUUUCCACUGUUCACUUGGAGACUCUCCGCACUGAAGAGUGAAACCAAACCUAGCUGCCAUCUAGAAGUGACUGACAGUCAUUUGGGAUUUACUUUAAUUUUAUCACAUGAAUGGCAAAGUGAAGUGCGUGAUAUUUAUUGACUGUAUGAAGUGCUGUGCGCUCAUUCUACCGAGUGCCGGGGAGGUGGUGCAUUUAGUGAACAUGUUAACUGGCCUACAGUGACAGGACCCGGUACACAUACCACUGUCUCAUCUUAACCAACGGUGGCGGCUUAAUUCAUCCUCAAUGUGGACCAAACAUGUCAGGUUUUUUAAUGCAAUUUUUCAUUUUAUUUUUGUGCUGCUUAAUAUUAUUUAAGAAAUAUUGUUUGCAAUUAGUUUUGCAAACUUUGUCCAUGCUAGUCACAUAUCGAAUAUGCAUGCAUUUGAGGACCUGCAUGGUAUGCAAUAGAGUAAUCUCCCAUGUCAUGCAACAGUAAUCUCCCCUUUUCAUGCAAUAGUUACCUGUCAUUGUAUAAUACAGCUUCCAUUACCUAGACCACGAACAAAAGCAUUUUAAAAGUCAUAUUUUAUCAUCAUUUUUUAAUUCUAUCAUUUCUUAGUUGAGUGGUGAUGAACUUUCACCCCUUUUGUUAUUUGUUUGUGGCAUGACAAUGUGCUAUUGACGUAUCGGCUUUUGGCCGGACCUGCAAAGCCAAAUUUAUUUUAUUUUUGAAUAAAUGUACAUAGCAUCGAUGUAUGUAUGGGCAAUGAUUAUUAUUGUCAAAUACAGAUAUUUACAUGUCUGAUGAAGUUAAAGUAUAUUUUUAUGUAUUUGUUUUCUUUAAAACAAUGUGAUAGCAAUAUUAAGAAAGAUUUCUCUCACUGUCGGGCGAAUGUUUUGUUGAGUAUGCUGUUAAGUUGAAUCAGUGUGUUGGCAAGUAUUCUAGCAGGCCUGUCAAGGGAAUUUAAAAUGGAGGAUGACAUGGCGUACAUAUAAAUAAUAUAUAAUACAAAUUAUUUAGCUAUUGAAAAAAAUUAUUAUAUGUACAUAUGAAAAUACUGUUGCUUAUUAAAAUGAUGGAAAAUAAUUUAUAGAAUUCUGCAGUCAUGGUCAUAGAUGAUUUCAGGGUUAGGGUUAGGGUUAGGUUUACUUUCCUUUGACACUUUAUUGUAUUGUCCAUUUUCUUACAUAGACAAGUUUUACAUCAUCACUAAAUACUUACAAGUAACAGCUGAUCCAAAACAUGAAAGUUCAAUGCAGUUCACUUCGCAGUAUUUCAUAAAGAAGUUAUUUACCAAAUAUUUUAAGAAUUUUAUAUCUGCAAUGGGUUUAAGUGAUGGGACGUGUGUCAAAUUCAUCAUUUGUUUCACUUGUCAUCCUAGUGUAAGCAUCUUGACCAUCGCAACCAACUCUCGGCUUAUCAUCAGUUAGUUACAAAUAUUCCUACCCUGCUGGUAGGAGCGACUAUUGUUGAGCAUGUUAAAUGUAUUGGUCGACUAUUUGAAAAACGUGAAUCAUGUGUUUCACACUUGUACAGAUGUUGGGAUGCUGUAAUAUUGUACAGAUGUUGGGAUGCUGUAAUAUCAGGGGCCGUCACAGUUGCAGAUUUUGUUUACACAAGGCUUUCUUUAUUCUUACCAUAUGUGAAAAUAGAAGGUGAAAAUAGAAGAUACAAAUCAGGGCUCUAAUUUACGGGUGGCACCGCUGGCCAUUGCCGUCACUGCGAUAUGAAUUGCUGUAGGUCAGGGAUGGCUGAGUUUUUGUCAGUUGAAGGAAUAAUUUUUAGGUUUUAAUUUAGUUUUAUUUGUUGCAAAAGUUGCUGGUUUAAAAUUGCUGUAGACGGUCUCAAAAUGGCCAUUAAUGGGUGUUUUGCCUCUUGGCAAUAAACUUUCAAAAUUGCCAUUGGCAACAAAUUGUUAAGUUCAAACUGCAAAUAUUGCAUCAGUUACAUACUUAAUUAGACCAUUUACAAAUUGGCUAGCAUAUUACAAUUGGCAUGAAAAGAAAAAAGUUUCCUUUUUUUUAGCGAUAUUUAAAACAGCAGAUAUAUAAAGAAAAUAUUAAAGGCCAGCCGACAUAACUGCAUAAACUGGUCUGAGGCGACCCCUUCAAGUGUUGUACAGAGACGACUUACCAACAUAUUGGUUGUAGAGGAUAUAUUUGUUUUUUGUUAACCAAUAUUUUGGUUGUGGGAACUUUUUGGUUCUAAUCAUGUUGGUACAUUAUUAUUAUGGCAUUUGUUGAUUUUCUUGCACAAAUGAUGAAUUUCUCCAUAUAUAUUUUUAAAAGGGUCUGUACAGAAAGAAAAAAAACUAAACAAAUAAACAUGUACAAAAUA